AGUGACACUUGUACGCAUAGCUGAUUUGGAGAACCAUAAUAAAGAUGGAGGCUUCUGGACUGUGAUUGACGGGAAAGUGUAUGAUAUAAAGGACUUCCAGACACAGUCGUUAACAGAAAAUAGUAUUCUUGCUCAGUUUGCAGGGGAAGACCCAGUGGUAGCUUUGGAAGCUGCUUUGCAGUUUGAAGACACCCAGGAAUCCAUGCACGCAUUUUGUGUUGGCCAGUAUUUGGAGCCUGACCAAGAAGUCGUCACCAUACCAGAUCUGGGGAGUCUCUCUUCACCUCUGAUAGACACAGAGAGGAAUCUGGGCCUGCUUCUCGGAUUACACGCUUCCUGUUUGGCAAUGAGCACACCGCUGUCUCCUGUCGAGAUUGAAUGUGCCAAAUGGCUUCAGUCAUCCAUCUUCUCUGGAGGCCUGCAGACCAGCCAGAUCCACUACAGCUACAACGAGGAGAAAGACGAGGACCACUGCAGCUCCCCAGGGGGCACACCUGCCAGCAAAUCUCGACUCUGCUCCCACAGACGGGCCCUGGGGGACCAUUCCCAGGCAUUUCUGCAAGCCAUUGCAGACAACAACAUUCAGGAUCACAACGUGAAGGACUUUUUGUGUCAAAUAGAAAGGUACUGUAGGCAGUGCCAUUUGACCACACCGAUCAUGUUUCCCCCUGAGCAUCCCGUGGAAGAGGUCGGUCGCUUGCUGUUAUGUUGCCUCUUAAAACAUGAAGAUUUAGGUCAUGUGGCAUUAUCUUUAGUUCAUGCAGGUGCACUUGGUAUUGAGCAAGUAAAGCACAGAACGUUGCCUAAGUCAGUGGUGGAUGUUUGUAGAGUUGUCUACCAAGCAAAAUGUUCGCUCAUUAAGACUCAUCAAGAACAGGGCCGUUCUUACAAGGAGGUCUGUGCUCCUGUCAUCGAACGUUUGAGAUUCCUCUUUAAUGAAUUGAGACCUGCUGUUUGUAAUGACCUCUCUAUAAUGUCUAAGUUUAAAUUGUUAAGUUCUUUGCCCCGUUGGAGGAGGAUAGCUCAGAAGAUAAUUCGAGAACGAAGGAAAAAGAGAGACACAGUUCCUAAGAAGCCAGAAUCUACGGAUGAUGAAGAAAAAAUUGGAAAUGAAGAGAGUGAUUUAGAAGAAGCUUGCAUUUUGCCUCAUAGUCCAAUAAAUGUGGACAAGAGACCCAUUGCAAUUAAAUCACCCAAGGACAAAUGGCAGCCGCUGUUGAGUACCGUUACAGGUGUUCACAAAUACAAGUGGUUGAAGCAGAAUGUGCAGGGUCUUUAUCCGCAGUCUCCACUCCUCAGUACAAUUGCUGAAUUUGCCCUUAAAGAAGAGCCAGUGGAUGUGGAAAAAAUGAGAAAGUGCCUACUAAAACAGUUGGAGAGAGCAGAGGUUCGCCUGGAAGGGAUAGAUACAAUUUUAAAAUUGUAUCUGGUGAACAAGAAUUUCUUACUUCCAUCUGUGCAGUAUGCGAUGUUUUGUGGAUGGCAAAGACUUAUUCCUGAGGGAAUCGAUAUAGGGGAACCUCUUACUGAUUGUUUAAAGGAUGUUGAUUUGAUCCCACCUUUUAAUCGGAUGCUGCUGGAAGUCACCUUUGGCAAGCUGCAUGCUUGGGCUGUUCAGAACAUUCGAAAUGUUUUGGUGGAUCCCAGUGCCAAAUUUAAAGAGCUUGGUAUCCAGCCGGUUCCCCAGCAAACCAUCACCAAUGAGAACCCGUCGGGACCGAGCCUGGGGACCAUCCCGCAAGCCCACUUCCUCCUGGUGAUGCUCAGCAUGCUCACCCUGCAGCACAGCACAAACAACCUUGACCUCCUGCUCAAUUCCGGCACGCUGGCCCUCGCUCAGACGGCACUGCGCCUAAUUGGCCCCAGUUGUGACAACAUUGAGGAAGAUAUGAAUGCUUCUGCUCAAGGUGCUUCUGCCACAGUUUUGGAAGAAACAAGGAAGGAAACGGCUCCUGUGCAGCUCCCUGUUUCAGGGCCAGAACUGGCUGCCAUGAUGAAGAUUGGAACAAGGGUCAUGAGAGGUGUGGACUGGAAAUGGGGCGAUCAGGAUGGGCCUCCUCCAGGCCUAGGCCGAGUGAUUGGUGAGCUGGGAGAGGACGGAUGGAUAAGAGUCCAGUGGGACACGGGCAGCACCAACUCCUACAAGAUGGGGAAAGAAGGAAAAUACGACCUCAAGCUGGCAGAGCUGCCAGCCCCUGCACAGCCCUCAGCAGAGGAUUCGGACACAGAGGACGACUCUGCUUCUCCAAACAGGCUGGUGUACAGGGAGCAACACCGGAGCUGGUGCACGCUGGGGUUUGUGCAGAGCAUCGCUCUCACGCUGCAGGUGUGCGGCGCCCUCAGCUCCCCGCGGUGGAUCACGCUGCUCAUGAAGGUCGUGGAAGGGCACGCACCCUUCACUGCCACCUCGCUGCAGAGGCAGAUCUUAGCUGUGCAUUUGUUGCAAGCAGUCCUUCCGUCAUGGGACAAGACCGAAAGGGCGAGGGACAUGAAAUGCCUCGUGGAGAAGCUGUUUGACUUCUUGGGGAGCUUGCUCACUAUGUGCUCCUCUGACGUGCCGUUACUCAGAGAGUCCACGCUGAGGCGGCGCAGGCUGCGCCCGCAGGCCUCGCUGACUGCCACCCACAGCAGCACACUGGCGGAGGAGGUGGUGGCACUGCUGCGCACGCUGCACUCCCUGACUCAGUGGAAUGGGCUCAUCAACAAGUACAUCAACUCCCAGCUCCGCUCCAUCACCCAUAGCUUUGCGGGAAGGCCUUCCGAAGGGGCCCAGUUAAAGGACUACUUCCCAGACUCCGAGAACCCUGAAGUGGGGGGCCUCAUGGCGGUCCUGGCUGUGAUUGGAGGCAUCGAUGGUCGCCUGCGCCUGGGCGGUCAAGUUAUGCACGAUGAGUUUGGAGAAGGCACCGUGACUCGCAUCACCCCAAAGGGCAAAAUCACUGUGCAGUUCUCUGACAUGCGGACGUGUCGCGUUUGCCCAUUGAAUCAGCUGAAACCACUCCCUGCCGUGGCCUUUAAUGUGAACAACCUGCCCUUCACAGAGCCCAUGCUGUCUGUCUGGGCUCAGUUGGUGAACCUCGCUGGAAGCAAGUUAGAAAAGCACAAAAUAAAGAAAUCGACUAAACAGGCCUUUGCAGGACAAGUGGACCUGGACCUGCUGCGGUGCCAGCAGUUGAAGCUAUACAUCCUGAAAGCAGGUCGGGCGCUGCUCUCCCACCAGGAUAAACUGCGGCAGAUCCUGUCUCAGCCAGCUGUUCAGGAGACUGGAACUGUUCACACAGAUGAUGGAGCAGUGGUAUCACCUGACCUUGGGGACAUGUCUCCUGAAGGGCCGCAGCCCCCCAUGAUCCUCUUGCAGCAGCUGCUGGCCUCGGCCACCCAGCCGUCUCCUGUGAAGGCCAUAUUUGAUAAACAGGAACUUGAGACUGCUGCACUGGCCGUUGUGGAGUCCACUCACCCUUCGAGCCCAGGAUUUGAAGACUGCAGCUCCAGUGAGGCCACCACGCCUGUCGCCGUGCAGCACAUCCGCCCUGCCAGAGUGAAGAGGCGCAAGCAGUCACCCGUUCCCGCUCUGCCGAUCCUGGUGCAGCUCAUGGAGAUGGGAUUUCCCAGAAGGAACAUCGAGUUUGCCCUGAAGUCUCUCACUGAUGCUUCCGGGAAUGCGUCCGGCUUGCCUGGUGUGGAAGCCUUGGUCGGGUGGCUGCUGGACCACUCCGACAUCCAGGUCACGGAGCUCUCGGAUGCAGACACGGUGUCUGACAAGUAUUCUGACGAGGAGGUGGUGGAGGACAUGGAUGAUGCCGCCUACUCCAUGUCUACUGGUGCUGUUGUGACGGAGAGCCAGACGUACAAAAACCGAGCUGAUUUCUUGGGUAAUGAUGAUUAUGCUGUAUAUGUGAGAGAGAAUAUUCAGGUGGGAAUGAUGGUUAGAUGCUGUCGAACAUACGAAGAAGUGUGCGAAGGUGAGUUGGCAAAGUCAUCAAGCUGGACAGAGAUGGAUUGCAUGAUCUCAAUGUGCAGUGUGACUGGCAGCAGAAAGGGGGCAUCUACUGGUUUAGGUACAUUCAUGUGGAACUUAGAGGCUAUCCUCCACCAAGUUCUUCUUCUCACAUCAAGAUUGGUGAUAAAGUGCGGGUCAAAGCCUCUGUCACCACACCAAAAUACAAAUGGGGAUCUGUGACUCAUCAGAGUGUGGGGGUUGUGAAAGGUGUGAUGGAUGUCAGAUGUUUCCUAUCAGUGGAUCCAGAUUCAAAUGCAGAAACUGUGAUGACUUUGAUUUUUGUGAAACGUGUUUCAGGACCAAAAAACACAAUACCAGGCAUACAUUUGGCAGAAUAAAUGAACCAGGUAUGGCAGAAUGUUUAUAUUCUCUCUUCCACCAAAUAUUAAUGAAAUACUUAUUGUGGACCACAGUGUACUGGAAUUUGUUAUUUUAAGCUUCCUUUGCAUAUGGUAAUUCUGUAGAGUGAGGACAGUGAGACGGAAGUGACGGUCCUACCCACUGAUGACUGGCUGGCUUUUUUAAAAAAUCAGGAUGGGGUAUCGGGGAAGAAUUAGACUAACUAGGCUUGUUUGCUUGUUUUUCCAUAAAGAAACAUUAAAAGAAUCUCAAGAAACUA